GAAGCAGUAGUAAAGAAGCAGAGGAACCCACCCAUCCCAUCCGUCCGUCCAUCCAUGAUCCAUCCAUGCCCAUUAUUAAAAUCAUUCACUCCUAAUAUUCAUAUAUUUAGUCCUUUCAGUUAUUAACAGACGUACACGCAGUCGCAUUUCUCUACCAUUUGAUAUUUCUCUUCCUCCAAUUGCAUUCCUCUCGCGUCUCCGUCUCAAUCAUACCCGCUUCGAUCUCAUCUCUCGGCUCUUUGCCUCUCAUCUUCUCCUGACAUGGAUGGUGGUGCAGGUCCAAGUUUGUUUCCAUUGCACCGAUGCAAAACUCUCCAUCUGGACAUUCAAGUUUGCCUUCGUUCUUGGCUUUUGUUCGCUACUUAAGGCCUUGUGAUCUUUUAAAACCAUACAUCCAGGUGAGGCACGGACAAGGAAUCCACAAUGUAGACGGAGAUAAGAAUUACAAAGCAUACUUGUCUCCUGAAUACUUUGAUGCACACCUAACUCCACUAGGCUGGCAGCAGGUUGAUAAUUUGCGAAAGCACGUUCGUGCAUGUGGGUUAUCCAAGAAGAUUGAUUUAGUCAUUACAUCCCCAUUGCUAAGGACUCUACAAACUGCUGUUGGAGUAUUUGGUGGUGAGGGCUAUGCAGAUAAGGCGGAUGUACUGCCUCUAAUGGUGGCAAAUGCAGGAAAUAGUGGCCGUGCUGCAAUCUCAAGUCUUAAUUGCCCACCAAUCAUAGCAGUAGAGCAUUGUCGAGAACAUUUGGGAGUUCACCCUUGUGAUAAAAGGAGAAACAUCAGUGACUAUCAGUUCCUUUUCCCUGCAAUUGAUUUUUCUCUGAUAGAAAAUGACGAAGAUGUAUUAUGGAAGGCCGAUAUUAGAGAGACAAAGGACGAAGUUGCAGCUAGGGGAUUGAAGUUCAUGAACUGGUUGUGGACAAGGAAAGAGAAGGAGAUAGCAAUUGUUACCCACAGUGGAUUCUUGUUUCAUACCCUAACUUUGUUUGGAAAUGACUGUCACCCUUUUGUGAAAAAAGAAAUAUGCAAACACUUUGCGAAUUGUGAACUUCGUUCUAUGGUCAUUGUUGAUAGAAGUAUGGCAGGUUCAAAUGACUCGACAACUAAUUAUCCAGGAAAGAUACCUUCUGGGCUUGAUCUCCCAAGUGAUGUUGCGGUCGAGAAUAAAUUGGAGAGAGAAGAACCAGAUUCUGGAUUUACAUAGUAAAAAAUCAUUCUUCCAAGCUCUGGUUUCUUACCAGACGUUCCAACAUGUUCUGCUGGUAUCUUUAGAAUUUAUAUUCAAAUAGAGGAGUUUUGAAUCUGAUUAAUCAACGAGGGGAUGAACAAUGAUUCCUUUUUAAAUGAAAAUUGGAUGAACUAGAUAA